UCUAUCUCUCCCUCCUCCCAUUUUCGGUGGAGUGAGCCACGCCACGAAGGAAAACUCUUUUAAGUGAGUGACUUGUUUUGAGGGAGAGAGAGAGAGAGAGAGAGAGAGAUAGGGAGAGCGAGGAGUUAAGAGUGAAGUGUAGGAACAUGGCGGUGUGUCGAGGGUGUGUCUAGUUUGAGGAGGGUGUUAAGUGGCCGUGCUGGAGCGAUGGCCAUGCAGAGCUCGCCAUGUCCCAUCGGCGGAGCAGUAGCCUGACGGGCAGUGCCAAGGUGUCUGACUACCAGGUACCCACCACCGCCCAGGCCAGAGCCAGGCCCCGCCCGCCCCAGAAGGCCUCCAGUCUCGACGUGGGAGACCAUGGCGUGGCCGGCGGUGCCUCGCACAAUGACGGCGAAGGUUCCCAGCGGGGGCGGCCGGACAACCUGGCCCAGGCCGCUUUCUCUGCGGCCCAGAGCGCCUACGAGGCCCUGGAGAACCGCAGCGAAGCCAUCUUCCAGCGGUUCGACGACUCGAUUGACGAGCUGGAAAAUGGCCCGCUGGCCCAGACGGCCCGGGCGACGGUCCAUCGAGCCGCCGUCGUCAUCGAGAAGCCGGUGGGGAGGAUCAAACAGAGCCGCUUCGUGGAGGAGGUGAGCGGCGUCAUCACCGAGAUCGAGAACACGGAGAUGGUGCAGGCGGCGAGAGGCAGGGCUCGCCAGGCAUACAUGUACGUGGAGCCCAUCAGCGAGAAGAUCCUGAGUCGUGUGGGCAGCCUGGACGCCGACGAAGAAGGCGAGGUGCAGUUCGUUAUCCCGCCGUCCAUGCAGAGGGCGCCAGGCAGGUCUAUAGAAGCUCCCUCCAAGCCUAGACCAGUACUAAGACCAUAUGAGCCUGAGGGUAAACGGAUAGUGAUAGACCCAAGUCAGUACGUGGCCAUACAAGAGGAGGUCCCGCAGAUUCACGUGUCGGGUGAAGAUGGAAGAUGUUCCGUCCUGUCUCAAGGUAGUGAUAAUUUGCUCAAGGUCAAAGCUCCUGACCAAAUCAGUAUAGUGUCCGCCACUGACUCUGAGAGACAAUACGAGAUAGUGCGUCCGUAUAAGCUGUAUCGGACUCCUCCACUUCCGCCCCCGCGACAUAAAGAACACAGACGCUCCUUGCAAGUGAAGUUAUCCAAUAGUGGUGUAAGAACAUCGAUAGUAGAAGAAAACUCUGAAAAGCGAAAGUUAUUAGAGGAUAAACCCGACUCGUGUUACUGUAGUACGGGGACCUCCGCGGCCAGGUCUGUGCGCUUCUCCGACGACCACCCCACGUCUGGUGAAGGCGGCAAAACGGAGAACAGCUCCUCAGUUCCUAACCCAGACAGGGCACACCCUGCCAGCCUUGGUGUCAGGCGAGUAGUAGACGUGUGUGAACGUCGCCCGGCGCUCAAGGACACCUCCAAGACCCAGGACUCGAUAGACAAGAGAAACUCCCUGCUGGACGAGUGCAGGGAGGCCGAGCCUCUGGUGCCCAUCGAGACACUAGAGGGCUCCAGCAUCGCCAAGAUCAGAGAGAAAAUGCGGGAGUACAACUACAACGUCGUCUGCAUCAACGGCAAGACCUUCUACGUGCCUAAGCCUGUGGUGAAGGAGCCCGAGACGCGGGAGGUGUAUGGCGGCGCCUCCACCUUCUUCGAGUCCUCUGAGACCAUAGACUGGAAGACUGUCAAAGACGCCAGCGGUCAUGAACCACCGAUCAAGGAAAAACCGCGGUGGAUGCAGAGGUUGUCCACCGGGCUGGAGAACUUCCUCAGCAACGCCCACGACCCCUGGCUCUCAGAGGCUGACAGGGACCCUUUGGCGUGUGACUCGUGCUGCAGCUGCUUCGACACUACCUUUGGCUGGAACAAGAAGAGGGGGCCCAAGUUCCCCUUACACCAGAAGAAUGAGUUUCAGCUGCUGGCCGAUGAACCAGACGAUAUUCUGUCUGGCUUCGAUAAGACCUUCUGCGUGGUGUCCAAGGUUUCGCAAGAACUACGUCCACAGAUUCUCCGCCUCGAAAUCUCUCUUCUUAUUCUCGCCUUGGCAUCCUCUACGAAGGGCGGCCAUUUUCCUGUCUACCAACCAGUUCUUCGAUUACCUAGUCAUGGCAACCAUCCUCCUCAACUGUGUCUUCCUCGCCAUGACCGAAACCGUACCCGAGGCCGAGUAUAUGUUCUUAGCCAUCUACUCGGCGGAGAUGAUGAUCAAGACGGUAGCCAAAGGGUUUAUCCUCAACAAGUACACCUACCUAAGGAACCCCUGGAACUGGCUGGACUUCGUGGUCAUCGCUUCAGGCUACGUCACCCUCGUCAUCGAACUGGGAGAUGGAUGUACAGCUGGGGAACUUGGGGGUCUGAGGACGUUUCGUGUGUUGAGGGCGCUGAAGACGGCUCCCCAUCAUGCCUGGAGUACCCCUCUCAGGGUCGUCCUCAGCCCAGUCGUCCCUCAGCUCAGGGCCGUCUCAGCUCAGGGUCAUCCUCAGCUCAGGGUCAUCCUCUCAGCCCAGGUCAUCCUCAGCCCAGGGUCAUCCCCAGCCCAGGGUCAUCCUCAGCUCAGGGUCAUCCUCAGCUCAGGGUCGUCCUCAGCUCAGAGUCAUCCUCAGCUCCAGCCAUCCUCAGCUCAGGGUCGUUCUCAGCUCAGGGUGUCCUCAGCCCAGGGUCGUCCUCAGCCCAGAGUCAUCCUCAGCCCAGAGUCAUCCCCAGCUCAGGGCCGUUCUCAGCUCAGGGUCGUCCUCAGCUCAGGGUCCCUCAGCUAGAGUCAUCCUCAGCUCAGGGUCCAUCCUGA